CACCUUUAAAAUUGGAUGCGAGCCGUCAACCCCCAAUCUCAAAGAAGAAGGUGUCGAUGACAGGCAAGCAGUAGCUUACCUGUCUUGUUCUUUUGGGCAGCUGGCACACACCGCAGCAGUCGAUCUGAGAAUGGUCUGAGGCACAGCAGAGCCUCUCAUACUCAAGCCUUCGGAUGUCUAGCCAUGUGUGUGGCCGCAUACUUCUGCGAGCUGCAAGCAGCACCCUCAGCCCCCUCUCUCCCCAGUGGCCCAGUCUGACCCAGCGAGCCUGCCUCUCCUCCUGGGGGUGCUCUGUGUCUGGUGCUAGGUGUAGCUCUGGGGCCACCAUGCGCUUCCUCUCCACCCGUCAGGACCUGGACUUUCAGCUGAGCCGUGUCCAGAUCAGCAGCAUCCUGCGAGCCAACGAGCAGGCAGUGAGCAUCCCUGAGUUUGAUGGCCGGGGUCUCAGUGCUGUGAGGAAGUUUGAAAGCAACCAGUUGGCAGCUAACACCCCCAACGAGGACCGCCGCAGCGCAGCCACCUGCCUACAGACUAAGGGCAUGCUGUUCGGGGUAUUUGAUGGUCAUGGUGGCUGGGCGUGUGCCCAGGCGGUCAGUGAGCGUCUGCUGUACUAUGUGGCGGUGGCCAUGAUGUCCCAGAGAGGACUGGAGGAGCUGGAACACUGCAUGGAGCAGAGCAGGCCUGUCCCUCCUAUCCUACAGUGGUACAAAAACCACGGAGACUACAACUACAGAGAGUCAGCCUCGCUCUAUGUAGAACACCUCCGGGUCUUCUGGCAGGAGCUUCUGGACAGCGAGGAGCACGGCGACGGAAUGAGUCCCCCUGAUGCUCUGUAUUAUGCCUUUAAGCGUCUGGACACAGACAUCUCUCUGGAGGCCCAGGUCCCACACUCUAGCGACCUGAUAAGGAGUACUGCCAUACAGGUGGCGUUUGCUGGCUCCACAGCCUGUGUUGCCCACGUGGGCACUGAGGGGAUCCAUGUGGCGAAUGCAGGUGACUGCCGUGCAGUGCUGGGGGUGCAGGAGGAGGACGGGUCGUGGAGCGCCUUACCUCUGUCCCAGGACCACAACGCACAAAACGAGGCUGAGCUGGAGAGGCUCCGAGCCCAGCACCCCCCCUCGGAGAGGGACACUGUGAUCACUGACAACAGGCUGCUGGGGAUCCUGAUGCCUCUGCGUUCGUUUGGAGACGUAAGGUUCAAGUGGAGCCUUGAGCUGCAGCAGAGUGUUCUAGAAAGCCUGGAGUCUGGAAUAGAACUGGACUUCCUUAACCUCUACCAGUACACUCCGCCCAACUACCUGAGCCCGCCCUACCUGGACGUGGCGCCGCAGCUGACCUAUCACAGCCUCCGACCGCAGGACCGCUUCCUGAUCCUGGGCUCUGACGGGCUGUGGGACGAGAUGAGCUCUGAGGAGGCGGUUCGGCUGGUGGGUGAACACCUGAGUGGGAUUCAUCUACAGGCUCCAGUCUCCCCCACUGAGAGACAGUUGAACCUGGGCCAGAUGCAAGAGCUGCUGUGGAAACGCCGUGCCCUUGCCAUGCCCAGCCUGGACCCCAAUGCUGCCACACACCUCAUCAGACAUGCCCUGGGCACCGGGCAGUAUGGAGAGCUCUGCCAGGAGAAACUGGCAUCUAUGUUGGCUCUGCCUGAGGACCUGGCACGCAUGUACAGAGACGAUAUCACAGCUACUGUGGUUUAUCUGAACUCUGAUCUGGUCAGACAACACAGGUAAUGCAGAUGGGGACACACACGAACUUAACAUUUUUACAAUAAAGAUGGUAUACUUCAACUCAUGCCUGGUCAUAUAACACACACACAUUUCUUGACAGUUGUUUACUUUACCCUACGGUGAAAACAUUUGCUGCGUACCUAGGCCCAAUGCUCAAAUACUGCUCGCAGAGAACUGAGUGGCAUUGUAUUAGUGUUUUUCAGAUGGUUAAAUAAACUCAGCAAAAAAAAAACGUCUUCACUGUCAACUGCGUUUAUUUUCA